AUGAAUGGACUCGUUGACUAUUCGGUUCCCGAGGAAGCCGAAAAGGUUCUCACCAAUGGCAUCUUCAACAACCCUCUAGUCCAAAAAUUCCUGCCUCCAGAGACAAAGGAAUGCUCGAACAUCGCAUUCGAAGGGAGCCCAGAUCCUAGCAUUCCCAUCAACUGGCGCUUUGCUGAAAGUGUCAGUGCCCUGAAGGGUUAUGAGGCUGCAGUUCUGAGUGUCCUGCUCAGGCGUAAAUAUGGGAUCAAUCCUCCUCAAAUUAGGAUCAAUACCGACCAUGCGCAGCUCUUCAUAAUGUCGAGUCUGUUAUGGACCAUUGAUCCCGAAGGUGACAAUCUGAAUGCGGGAUCGAUUCUGCACCCAGAGAGCCGCAAGAAGUUAGAGGCCUUCUUUCCAGACUGCGACAAGCAUCGGUCAAAUUCAUCUCUGCACCGAAUGGCCGCCACUAAUAUCUAUCGGUGUAAGGACGGACGAUACUUUCAUCUGCACGGGUCAAUGAACCCUGACCCAGUGCUGAAAAGUAUUGGAUUGCCCUUGGACGCUCCGGCGAAAACUCAUGAGGAGGCGAUAUCUCCUUUCAUCGAUGCCAUCUCUAAUACUGACUCCAAGGACCUGCAGCAUUUAGAGACUGAUGUGUACCAACAGGCUGGCACAAUAUGUUGGAGCACUGAUGAGUACCGCAAGAGCGAACAUGGUAAGGCCAACGAACAUAUUGGGCUUUUCGAGAUUCAUUCUCACCCAAAUGACGGCCAAAAACCGUGUUGGUGGGCAGAUGUACCUAGCACAUCGGCCUCACGACCGCUAGCAGGCUUGAAGGUUGUAGACCUUACCCGUAUCAUUGCGGGGCCUGCCGUAUCGCGAGGUCUAGCGGAGCUUGGUUCCAGUGUGAUGAGAAUUACCGCACCACAUCUCCCUGACUUGUCUGCUCUGCACGUCGAUCUGAACUUUGGGAAAUGGAAUGCAUCCCUUGAUCUCCGACAGGAUGAUGACCGCCAAAAGCUCCGCGAGCUCAUUCUAGACGCCGACGUUUUCCUGCAAGGUUAUAGGCCCGGCGUCUUAGACAAAUACGGUUUCGGCGAAAAGGAUAUCAUCGAAUUGUGCUCGAGUCGCGAGCGCGGGAUUAUAUAUGCCCGUGAGAACUGUUACGGCUGGCAAGGUCCUUGGAAAGACAGGAGUGGAUGGCAACAGAUCAGCGAUGCCAACUGUGGUGUGUCCCUCGAAUUUGGGCGAGCAAUGGGUCUCGACGAGCCUGUGACUCCUGUUUUUCCCAAUUCUGACUAUUGCUCGGGCAUUGCCGGUGCCGUCGGCAUUCUCACGGCGCUGCUCCAGCGAGCCGAACGAGGUGGCUCCUACACGGUCGACAUCGCUUUGAAUUACUAUUCGAGAUGGCUGGUUGACAGUGUUGGCACCUAUCCUGAUUCUGUCUGGGAGGCGGUUUGGAAGCGCAACGGAUCUCAAGUCUUUCACCAUUCUGACCAUAUGCCGCGCACGCUUCCUGCGUAUUUGAGGAUGUUGAUGGGAAACAGCGGGGCCAAACUAUUUCGACCCGAUUUCUUUCACACCCAUUUCGUGUCGACAAUCGAGAAGCCAAUCAAGAUCGUGGCACCGGUACUGCGAUUUGUGGAUAACGUAGUAAAGCCGGGUUACGAUGUUUCGACGCGAGGAAAUGGGGUGGACCAAUCGAGAUGGCCCAUCGACCUCUCCGUAGACACCGUGUUUUAG